AAAACUGCAAUAAAAACUACUAAAUAAAAAUAAUCUACCAAAUAUGGGGAUGUUUUAGUGAAACAUCAACAUAAAUCCUUAAUAUGUUAUUUUUACACGGAUUUACUGUUUACCUCACUUGCACACACUAGAAUGUUUAACUGCUGCUGUGAUGGAGUCAAAUUACAGGAUAAAUCUGUCAGAUUAACUCUGAUGGACACAAACACACCUGUCCAACGUCUGACUACACCUGGACUUUACCCCCUCCCCCACCCUGCCAUGAGUGAGACACACGUCCUCCAAAAUCAGAUUAUAAUCUGGAACAGGUAGAACAUCCAGGUGUUCUUCAUGUCCUUUAAAAGCUUAAGCUUUAUAUUUAUCAUUUUAUGGGUUCACUGCUUUAUUUUAUUAUCUCCCAACAAUUAUUUUAUUACUCAACUAAGAAAACUUUUAAACUUGAUUUAGUUUGUGAUAUUUUGUCCUUUUUACCAGAGCAGCUCGGGGUUCAGUGACAACACAACAUCUGCCCCAUUAGCCAACCUGCUUUUUCGUGCAAAUCAAAUUCACCCUUUUUCUAUUCUUCUCUGGACGUCUCCAUCAUGGCGGGGCUGCAGAGUGGGUGGGCUGCGUCCAGUGGUUGGUUGGGGCGACCUCUCUUCAAACGGAGAUCUGCAGAUAACCCAGUUCAAACUCCAUCUGCUUAGUGGGGGAAUAGUGGUAAAAUGCUUGUUGCAAACUCGAGCAUCAGGUGGGAGCUCGCUGUUCUCUGCUACACCAGCUGAGUGCAACCACUAGCGCCCAAUUUCCAAGUCUAGUAGAAACGUUCAAACCCACAGAGCUACCACAACCCGCUACACAACACCAUCUCCCCAUCCUAACACAGUAGUAGCCUUCAAUAAACUCAACUUGCUCACGAUAUAGAACACGAAACUACAAUGUGUAACAGCCAAGCUAACACUGAAUAUGUAUCUAUAACGAGAAAGCUAUGCUAAAGAUUAUGACAACGCUAAUGUUGAACUAUUGCUAACCUGCUAACUGUCGUACACACUCACUUGCAAAUCGAACUCCUAACUCGCCACAAGGCUCGACCACAAUGCUUUUAUGACCUACAGCCACAGCGCUGCUACGUAGUACAGCACAGGCUACGUAGUACAGCACAGGCUAUGUACGGCUACGUAGUACAGCACAGGCUACGUAGUACAGCACAGGCUAUGUACGGCUACGUAGUACAGCACAGGCUACGUAGUACAGCACAGGCUAUGUACGGCUACGUAGCACAGCACAGGCUAUGUACGGCUACGUAGCACAGCACAGGCUACGUAGUACAGCACAGGCUAUGUACGGCUACGUAGUACAGCACAGGCUACGUAGUACAGCACAGGCUAUGUACGGCUACGUAGUACAGCACAGGCUACGUAGUACAGCACAGGCUAUGUACGGAUACAAAGCACAGCACAGGCUACGUAGCAGUGUAAGCUUUAGCCAUUGGCUUAUGGGGAUUCAGAAUCAAUCUGCUGCUAAGUGUUGAACUGAAGAAGGCGCUAGACUGAUGUUUUUAUGCUGAAUUUUUAGUUUUUAAAUAAAAUACACACGUGUCUAAAACACUAUUUGACCCUCAUUUUUACAGUUUAUUAGCAUAAAGAGUUGAUUGUGGAGUGACUCGCUCUUUAAAGCCCUUGUUGCUGUUUGGCAAAUGUGCUAUCGUGCGCAAACCGUAUUUCAAUAGCAUUCACUGCUAAUUGGAGGGAAACCGUUAGCUGUGGGUAACCAACGUUAGCUUGCUAAUCUGGUUAAAAAGUCAAAGAAGACAACAAUCUCUCACUCUGAACAGUUUAUGUAAAAACUAAAAUGACUGAAUAUGUCACAUGCUGAUUUCUGUCUUGUUGUGAUAGAACGGUAAGCUAACAGCUAUGUUGGUGAGUUCUCAGUCAGGUCGUGGAAAUCCAAAUGUGUUCGAAUGAAGGAAACUGGACUCCUUUUGUGUCUUGAAGCUAACAGCUAGGCUAAACACAGGUAGCUCACGCUAAGAGUUUAUGAGACUAAAAUAAAAAAUAUUUUGUAAAUGUUUAAAACUUUUCAGAUGAAUAAAUGAAUGUUUCAGUCUUGUUUUGGCAGUUUUGAGUCAAAUUUUACAUUUUUUUGGUCAUAAUUUUAAUUAUAUAGCAAAAAUCUGAAGGAAUGGGUAAUAGUGUGAUGAAUCCGUUUAAAACUGAGGAAAAUGUCAUUGUUCUUAAACUUUUAACAUAUACUUAAAUGUUUUGGUGUUAAAAAUAAAGUGUGAUGGUUUUACUUUAAAUGUGAUCGUGUGUGACUCCAGGUUGGAGUUUCCCUUCAAGGCUUUUGUCUGCGUUUAAUAAAAUCAUGUUUAUCAGCAGCUUUUCUCCGCAGGACGGCCUCAGCUCAGCCUUCUUAUCGGGCUGUGGGCUGUUUAAGGACACUCUGAGUUCUCCAGUACAGAUAAUUAUUGAGUCAGAUGGCAGAACCGGACCAAAGUCUCUCUCACAUCUAGCUGACCCAUAAAAACUCAGAGUUUGUCAGGAACAUUCAGACACUGAAGCAGAAUGAUACAAAGAUCAUUACGCGUUACAUUUGUUUUUAUACACGCUGAUAUUCAGAUAAAAACGGAGUCAGGUUUUCUCAACCAGAACGAGUAAAUCUGCUGAUGAUUUCUGUCAUUUUACUGGUUUGUUUCUUUAUUCUUUAACUCCAUCAGCUGAGUUUCACUCAUUUCUAUAACAAAAGAAAUCACAAGCAGAACAAAAUAAAAAUGAACACCAGCAACACUGAUUUAUUCAUCGUUAUAAAACUGCCCAGACUGCUGGACCACCAAUGGAAAAUUAAAUAUGAUCUUUGUUUGAAUUUCUGACAAAAAAUGAACAACAAAAUCAGUUCAUUAAAUGUUUAUGUGAAAACAGUUUUUAUGUGUUUAUUGUUGUUUUCUGUUGAACAAAUCUAACAUUUUAUUGGGAAAAAUCCAGAGCAAUAGUUAAAUAUUUUAGCUCUUUAACCCGUAGCUCUGAGCUCAACUACAGAAAAUUGAAGAAGUUAAACAGCAUUUCAGUACAUUUUUAGUACCUUUGUAUUAUUUACCUUCAUAACCUUCUGACAACUGAAUUUUUAUUGGACGCGAUUUCGUUCUAGCUAUUUCAGAACCAAAAACAUCAGGGAGCUCAGAGAUUCAAGACUGGACCAGGAGUCCUAGACCAGAUCAGGGAUUCUAGACCGGACCAGGAGUCCUAGACUGGACCAGGAGUCCUUGACCAGAUCAGGGAUUCUAGACCGGACCAGGAGUCCUAGACCGGACCAGGAGUCCUAAACCAGAUCAGGGGCUCUAGACCAGAUCAAGGAUUCCAGGCCGGGCCUCUAAAGUAACUUGGUAAAUUUAAAGAGAGACCCAAACAUAACAGAAUUAAAUCAAAGUUCAACAUGAAGAUGAAACAUGUUGAGUCUUUCCUUCCUUGAUGAUUAAUCUAUCAAGUGUCACACAAACAGAAAACAAUCUCAUCAUAAUGUCCCGUUUAGACAAUAUCAGGGUUUCUUGUAUCUGAACAUGACGUUCAUGAGAACAUCCAUCCUGUCUGAUGGGCUGUCCCGACCUGGCGUCAUGCUCUAACCACAAGGCGUUCGCUCUACCAGGCAGCUGCCUAUAAAUACUCCAGAGGGCACGCUUGACAUUCAGCAGCUGACUGAGCAGGUAGUCCUCCAGCUCCUCACACUUCAGCACACAGCUGAACUCAAAGAGCUAAAUAGGUGUUUCCUCUCAGGUCAGACAUGAAGAUCCUGGUUGUGCUACUCCUGGUCUUCUUCACAGCCUGUAAUGCUGGUUAUGAUGACCAGCAGCAGCAGCAGCAGCAGCAGCUCCUGCAGCUGCAGCAGCAGCAGGAGCAGCCGCAGCAGCAGCAGGAGCAGCCGCAGCAGCUGCAGCAGCAGUAUGGACAUCAUGGAUAUCAUGGGCAUCAUAAACAUCAUGGACAUCAUAAACAUCAUGGACAUCAUAAACAUCAUGGACAUCAUGGGCAUCAUGGACAUCAUAAACAUCAUGGACAUCAUGGACAUCAUGGGCAUCAUGGACAUCAUAAACAUCAUGGACAUCAUGGACAUCAUGGAUAUCAUGGGCAUUGGGACGAUUACAACCAAAAAAAAACAAGUCCCUAUCAACAUCAAGUGGAAAUGGUGCAAAAUGCUUUCUGGGACUAUGUGGGAAAGACAACCAUGACCAGCAAAGAGUAUGUGUGGCACAUCAGGAAGUCCGCCCCAGGAAAGAAUCUGUGUGAACUCAUCUCCACGAGCAUUGAAGCCAUCUAUGGGUUCUUCAACACGGUGUAUACUCAAGUGGUUCUUUGGACCAACGACUUCUACCGUAAAUUCUGUCAUGAAAUAGACAACCUGAAGUAUCACAUGGAGGAAUUUAUGGAGGAUCUUGAAGGUGGUGUCCUAUUCCACAGUACAGAGAUGGCAGCUCAACUGCGUUGCAAGAUGGAAGACAUGAAGAAGUACAUUGCCUACUACAUUGAGUCCUUGGACCCCAAAGGCCUGAAGGAAUGCAUAAUGGGGCAGAUCCAAGAGCUCCACGGCGAGAUGUAUGAAAGCUGUGAAUACAUGCAGAAUUAUGAGCACCAUCAACCUGACCACCAUUAUCAUCAUCACAAGCACCAUUACCCCAAGUAUACAUGUGACAAGAAUAAAAUAGAUGAGCACAUGGAAGAAUUCCAGGGAAUCAUUCUUCUGAUGGUCAACAACUUUGAAGGCCAGCUGGACACCACAACCAAUGAGAUCAACAGGAAGAUGGCGCCACGUGGAAAGAAGCAUAGUGUCAGGAUGAGUGACAAUGAAGAGGAAAUGAAUGACCAGCUGAGGGACAUGUGGAGAACCUGGGCAGCCAACAAUUAUUAAGGGCUCAACUAAAGCUUUACCUUUACUGCAUCAAGAUGUUAAUGAGCUCCAUACCUGGUCUGCUACACCAGGAGAAGAGGCAGCAUCAGCCUUGAGUCUUUAAUCGAUAGCACAAGGAUGUCAUGAUUUCCUUAAGUCCUAAUGAAAUGUCUGAUUUGCUUUGAUCAAAAUACAAGAUUACUGAACCAAAGUCCUCUUGUGGUGUUUACUCUCAGCUCCUUUCUUAGAAAACGUUUUUAAUGAAGAUUCGCUGGUUUUGUGUUUUUGAAAAUGGUUGCAUUCACACAAAUAACUCCUUUGAUCUUUGAUCACAGGCAGCAAACUGAGCUAACGCUACAACAACCCUAGCUAACCAUAGCAAACUGUUAGCUCAAAUGACAUUUAGCUGCUAACUUUUCUAAGCUAACUGCCACAUUGCUAGUGUUGGUUAGUGCUCAUGUUUACCUAAAAACGAAAUGUUACAGGUAGCAUUUUGGGCGUCUUGAAGCUAACAAACAUGAUCAAUAAGCAGAACCUGGAACCGUUUCAAACGCCCGUUUG